GAGAAGAAGGAGCAGGUUGAGUUGCCGUCCUUCGCAAUGGAGAUCAGAGAUCCUGAGACAAAAAGACAUCUGUCAAAUCUCCCUCAAGAACUGCCUUUCAGGAGGAUCCCUCAGGAAGAUCCAAUUCAGGACACCUCAGGAGGGAAGCAUAGAAGGAAGUCGACUCUUUGUUUAGGGGGAGUGGAAACCAUGAUUGAAUCUUCAACUCAGGAGGGUCUUCUGCCCUUUGAGGAGGUGGCAGUUUAUUUCUCCGAGGAGGAGUGGUCUCAGCUGGAUCCUGACCAAAAAGCUCUGCAUUGGGAAGUCAUGCUGGAGAAUUAUAAGAAUGUGGCCUCUCUUGGUGAUAAUGAGAAUGAGAAUAAAGACUCCACAGAACCAGUCAAGGUGUUCAGAAAAGGAGAUGUAAUGGAGAAACCUGCAAUUCAAACAGAAUUCCAAAGGCAGGAGAGAAACCUGUCAAAUAACUGGAAUAAGGAAAGAUCAUCUCCUUCGAUUGUUGAUCAGAUGCAGAACGUUAUUGAUCAACAAGAAAAACUAAAGAAGAAAUAUAUUGAGAAAGGUGAAAGAAUCUUGAAAGAGACAUUAGAUGUAGAUGGACCCUCUCCAUCACAAGCCAAAGGAGGAGCCAAUAUGGGCAAAGAAAAGGGAAAAAAAUACAGUUGGAUGUUCACACCUUCUCAAGAAAAUGGGUCUCUUGAGUCACAGAAACCUUUUCACAUGGGAGAGAAGACAAAUAAAUGCAAUGAAGAUGGAAACAAGACUGUUAAUAAAUGCACAUCCAGAAGAGAGAAGCCAUAUAAAUGCAUGGAGUGUGGAAAGGAUUUCAGAAGAACCUGUGAACUUACAUCCCAUCAAAGGAUCCACAUCCAAACAGGGGAGAAGCCAUAUAAAUACAAGGAGUGUGGAAAGGGCUUCAGAACAAGCAGUGAACAUACAUCCCAUCAAAGGAUCCACACACGGGAGAAACCAUAUAAAUGCAUGGAGUGUGGAAAGGGCUUCCGAACAAGCAGUAAACUUACAUCCCAUCAAAGGAUCCACACAGGGGAGAAGCCAUAUAAAUGCAUAGAGUGUGGAAAGGGUUUCAGAAGAAACUGUGAACUUACAUCCCAUCAAAGGAUCCACACGGGGGAAAAUCUAUAUAAAUGCAUGGAGUGUGGAAAGGGCUUCCAAACAAGCAGUAAACUUACAUCCCAUCAAAGGAUCCACACAGGGGAGAAGCCAUAUAAAUGCAUGGAGUGUGGAAAUGGUUUCAGAAGAAACUGUGAACUUACAUCCCAUCAAAGGAUCCACACAGGAGAGAAGCCAUAUAAAUGCAUGGAGUGUGGAAAGGGCUUCAGAAUAUCGAAUGAUCGUGUAACCCAUCAAAGGAUCCACACAGGGGAAAAGCCAUAUAAAUGCAUGGAGUGUGGGAAGGACUUCAAAAGUAGCAGUGAUCUUACACGCCAUCAAAGGAUCCACACAGGGGAAAAGCCAUAUAAAUGCAUGGAGUGUGGAAAGGGCUUCAGAAUAUCGAAUGAUCGUGUAACCCAUCAAAGGAUCCACACAGGGGAAAAGCCAUAUAAAUGCAUGGAGUGUGGGAAGGACUUCAAAAGUAGCAGUGAUCUUACACGCCAUCAAAGGAUCCACACAGGGGAAAAGCCAUAUAAAUGCAUGGAGUGUGGAAAUGGUUUCAGAAGAAACUGUGAACUCACAUCCCAUCAAAGGAUCCACACAGGGGAGAAGCCAUAUAAAUGCAUGGAAUGUGGAAAGGGCUUCAGAACAACGAAAGAUCGUGCAACCCAUCAAAGGAUCCACACAGGGGAAAAGCCAUAUAAAUGCAUGGAGUGUGGGAAGGACUUCAAAAGUAGCAGUAAUCUUACACGCCAUCAAAGGAUCCACACAGGAGAGAACAGCAGUCAACUUACAUACCAUCAAAGGGUCCAUACAGGCGAGAAGCCAUAUAAAUGUAUGGAGUGUGGAAAGACCUUCAGAAUAAGCAGUAGUCUUACAUCCCAUCAAAGGAUCCACACAGCAGAGAAACCACAUAAAUAUAUGGAAUGUGGAAAGGGCUUCAGAACAAGGAUUAAACUUACAUUCCAUCAAAGGAUCCACACAGGGGAGAAGCCAUAUAAAUGCAUGGAGUGUGGAAAGGGCUUCAGAACAAGCAGUAAACUUACAUCCCAUCAAAGAAUCCAUACAGGGGAGAAGCCAUAUAAAUGCAUGGAGUGUGGAAAGGGCUUCCGAACAAGCAGUAAACUUACACCCCAUCAAAGGAUCCACACAGGGGAGAAGCCAUAUACCAUAUUUUUCAGAAAAUGCAUGGAGUGUGGAAAGAGCUUCAGCACAAGGAGUAAACUUACAAGGCAUCAAAGGAUCCACACAGGGGAGAAGCCAUAUAAAUGCACGGAGUGUGGAAAGGACUUCAGAACAAGCAGUGAACUUACAUCCCAUCAAAGGAUCCACACAGGGGAGAAGCCAUAUAAAUGCAUGGAGUGUGGAAAGGACUUCAGAACAAGCAGUGAACUUACAUCCCAUGAAAGGAUCCACACAGGGGAGAAGCCAUAUAAAUGCAUGGAGUGUGGAAAGGGCUUCAGAAACAGCAGUGAUCUUACAUUCCAUCAAAGGAUCCAUACAGGGGAGAAGCCAUAUAAAUGCAUGGUGUGUGGAAAGGGCCUUAGCCGAAAGGCUCACCUUAUUACCCAUCAAAGGAUCCACACAGGGGAGAAGCCAUAUAAAUGCAUGGAGUGUGGAAAGGGCUUCAGCACAAGCAGUAAACUUACAAGGCAUCAAAGGAUCCACACAGGGGAGAAGCCAUAUAAAUGCAUGGAGUGUGGAAAGGGCUUCAGAGACGGCAGACAUCUUAAAAGCCAUCAAAGGAUCCACACAGGGGAGAAGCCAUAUAAAUGCAUGGAGUGUGGAAAGGGCUUCAGAGCCGGCAGACAUGUUACACGCCAUCAAAGGAUCCACACAGGGGAGAAGCCAUAUAAAUGCAUGGAGUGUGGAAAGGACUUCAGAACAAGCAGUGAACUUACAUCCCAUCAAAGGAUCCACACAGGGGAGAAGCCAUAUAAAUGCAUGGAGUGUGGAAAGGACUUCAGAACAAGCAGUGAACUUACAUCCCAUGAAAGGAUCCACACAGGGGAGAAGCCAUAUAAAUGCAUGGAGUGUGGAAAGGGCUUCAGAAACAGCAGUGCUCUUACAUCCCAUCAAAGGAUCCACACAGGGGAGAAGCCAUAUAAAUGCAUGGAGUGUGGAAAGGGCCUUAGCCGAAAGGCUCACCUUAUUACCCAUCAAAGGAUCCACACAGGGGAGAAGCCAUAUAAAUGCAUGGAGUGUGGAAAGGGCUUCAGAAAAAGCAGUGAUCUUACAAGCCAUCAAAGGAUCCACACAGGGGAGAAGCCAUUUAAAUGCAUGGAGUGUGGAAAGGGCUUCAGAACAACGAAAGAUCGUGCAACCCAUCAAAGGAUCCACACAGGGGAGAAGCCAUAUAAAUGCACGGAGUGUGGAAAGGACUUUAGCCAAAACAUUCACCUUAUUACCCAUCGAAGGAUCCACACAGGGGAGAAGCCAUAUAAAUGCAUGGAGUGUGGAAAGGGCUUCAGAGACAGCAGUGAUCUUACAAGCCAUCAAAGGAUCCACACUGAGAAGCCAUAUAAAUGCAUGGAGUGUGGAAAGGACUUCCGAAAAAGCAGUAAACUUACAUCCCAUCAAAGGAUCCACACAGGGGAGAAGCCAGAUAAAUGCAUGGAGUGUGGAAUGGGCUUUAGUCAAAAGGCUCACCUUACUACCCAUCAAAAGAUCCACACAGGGGAGAAGCCAUAUAAAUGCAUGGAGUGUGGAAAGGACUUCCGAACAAGCAGUAAACUUACAUCCCAUCAAAAGAUCCACACAGGGGAGUGAUCCACACGGGAGAAGCCAUAUAAAUGCAUGGAGUGUGGAAAGGGCUUCAGAAACAGGAAUGAUCUUACAUGCCAUCAAAGGAUCCACACAGGGGAGAAGCCAUAUAAAUGCAUGGAGUGUGGAAAGGACCUUAGCCGAAAGGCUCACCUUAUUACCCAUCAAAGGAUCCACACAGGGGAGAAGCCAUAUAAAUGCAUGGAGUGUGGAAAGGGCCUUAGCCGAAAGGCUCACCUUAUUACCCAUCAAAGGAUCCACACAGGGGAGAAGCCAUAUAAAUGCAUGGAGUGUGGAAAGGGCUUCAGAGCAACGAAAGAUCGUGCAACCCAUCAAAGGAUCCACACAGGGGAAAAGCCAUAUAAAUGCAUGGAGUGUAGAAAGGGCUUCAGAACAAGCAGUAAUCUUACAUGCCAUCAAAGGAUCCAUACAGGGGAGAAACCAUAUAAAUGCAUGGAGUGUGGAAAGGGCUUUAUCCAAAACGGUAACCUUAUUACCCAUCAAAGGAUGCACACAGGGGAGAAGCCCUAUAAAUGCAUGGAGUUUGGAAAGGGCUUCAGAACAAGCAGUGAACUUACAUCCCAUCAAAGGAUCCACACGGGAGAAAAGCCAUAUAAAUGCAUGGAGUGUGGAAAGGGCUUCAAAACAAACUGUGAACUUACAUCCCAUCAAAGGAUCCACACAGGGGAGAAACCAUAUAAAUGCAUGGAAUGUGGAAAGGGCUUUAGAACAAGCAGUAAACUUACAUCCCAUCAAAGGAUCCACACAGGGGAGAAGGCAUAUAAAUGCAUGGAGUGUGGAAAGGACUUUAGCCAAAACAUUCACCUUAUUACCCAUCAAAGGAUCCACACAGGGGAAAAGCCAUAUAAAUGCAUGGAGUGUGGGAAAGACUUCAAAAGUAGCAGUAAUCUUACCUGCCAUCAAAGGAGCCACACAGGGGAGAAGCCAUAUAAAUGCAUGGAGUGUGGAAAGGGCUUCAGAACAAGGAAGGAUCGUGCAACCCAUCAAAGGAUCCACACUGGGGAAAAGCGAUAUAAAUGCAUGGAGUGUGAGAAAGACUUCAAAAGUAGCAGUAAUCUUACCUGCCAUCAAAGUAUCCACACAGGGGAGAAGCCAUAUAAAUGCAUGGAGUGUGGAAAGAGCUUCAGAACAAGCUAUAUACUUACACGCCAUCAAAGGAUCCACACAGGGGAAAAGCCAUAUAAAUGCAUGGAAUGUGGAAAGACCUUCAGAGCAAGCAGUUAUCUUACAUCCCAUCAAAGGAUCCACACAGGGGAGAAGCCAUAUAAAUGCAUGGAGUGUGGAAAGAGCUUCAGAACAAGCAGUAAUCUUAUAUCCCAUCAAAGGAUCCACACAGGGGAAAAGCCAUAUAAAUGCAUGGAGUGUGGAAAGGGCUUCAAAACAAACUGUGAAGUUACAUUCCAUCAAAGGAUCCACACAGGCGAGAACCCUUAUAAAUGCAUGGAGUGUGGAAAGGGCUUCAGAACAAGCAAUAAUCUUACAUCCCAUCAAAGGAUCCACACAGGGGAAAAGCCAUAUAAAUGCAUGGAGUGUGGAAAGGACUUCAAAACAAACUGUGAACUUACAUCCCAUCAAAGGAUCCACACAGGGGAGAAGCCAUAUAAAUGCAUGGAAUGUGGAAAGGGCUUUAGAACAAGCAGUAAACUUACAUCCCAUCAAAGGAUCCACACAGGGGAGAAGCCAUAUAAAUGCAUGGAGUGUGGAAAAGACUUUAGCCAAAACAUUCACCUUAUUACCCAUCAAAGGAUCCACACAGGGGAAAAUCCAUAUAAAUGCAUGGAGUGUGGGAAAGACUUCAAAAGUAGCAGUAAUCUUACCUGCCAUCAAAGGAUCCACACAGGGGAGAAACCAUAUAAAUGCAUGGAGUGUGAAAAGGGCUUCAGAACAAGCUGUAAACUUGCAUCCCAUCAAAGGAUGCACACAGGGGAGAAGCCAUAUAAAUGCAUGGAGUGUGGAAAGAGCUUCAGAACAAGCAACUGGCUGAGCCGCCAACGCAUCGACCACUCGGAAGAGAAGCCAUAUAAAUGCAUGGAGUGUGGAAAGGGCUUUAGCCAAAAGAGCAACCUUAUUACCCAUCAAAGGAUCCACACAGCGGAAGAACCACAUAAAUGCAUGCAGUGUGGAAAGGGCUUCAGAACAAGCAGUACACUUACAUGCCAUCAAAGGAUCCACACAGGGGAGAAGCCAUAUAAAUGCAUGGAGUGCGGAAAGGGCUUCAGAAACGACAAUGAUCUUACAUGCCAUCAAAGGAUCCACACAGGGGAGAAGCCAUAUAAAUGCAUGGAGUGUGGAAAGGGCCUUAGCCAAAAGGCUCACCUUAUUACCCAUCAAAGGAUCCACACAGGGGAGAAGCCAUAUAAAUGCAUGGAGUGUGGAAAGGGCUUCAGAAAAAGCAGUAAUCUUAUAAGCCAUCAAAGGAUCCAUACAGGGGAGAAGCCAUAUAAAUGCACGGAGUGUGGAAAGGACCUUAGCCGAAAGGCUCACCUUAUUACCCAUCAAAGGAUCCACACAGGGGAGAAGCCAUAUAAAUGCAUGGAGUGUGGAAAGAGCUUCAGAAGCAGCAAUGAUCUUACAUGCCAUCAAAGGAUCCAUACAGGGGAGAAGCCAUUUAAAUGCAUGGAAUGUGGAAAGGGUUUCAGAAAAAGCAGUGUUCUUAUAAGCCAUCAAAGCAUCCAUACAGGGGAGAAGCCAUAUAAAUGCACGGAGUGUGGAAAGGGCCUUAGCCGAAAGGCUCACCUUAUUACCCAUCAAAGGAUCCAUACAGGGGAGAAGCCAUAUAAAUGCACGGAGUGUGGAAAGGACUUUAGCCGAAACAUUCACCUUAUUACCCAUCAAAGGAUCCACACAGGGGAGAAGCCAUAUAAAUGCAUGGAGUGUGGAAAGGGCUUCAGAAAAAGCAGUGAUCUUACAAGCCAUCAAAGGAUCCACACAGGGGAGAAGCCAUUUAAAUGCAUGGAGUGUGGAAAGGACUUUAGCCAAAACAUUCACCUUAUUACCCAUCAAAGGAUCCACACAGGGGAGAAGCCAUAUAAAUGCAUGGAGUGUGGAAAGGGCUUCAGAAAAAGCAGUGAUCUUACAAGCCAUCAAAGGAUCCACACAGGGGAGAAGCCAUUUAAAUGCAUGGAGUGUGGAAAGGGCUUCAGAACAACGAAAGAUCGUGCAACCCAUCAAAGGAUCCACACAGGGGAAAAGCCAUAUAAAUCCAUGGAGUGUGGAAAGGGCUUCAGAACAACGAAAGAUCGUGCAACCCAUCAAAGGAUCCACACAGGGGAGAAGCCAUUUAAAUGCAUGGCGUGUGGAAAGGGCUUCAGAACAAGCAGUAAACUUACAUGCCAUCAAAGGAUCCACACAGGGGAGAAGCCAUAUAGAUGCAUGAAGUGUGGAAAAGACUUCAGAAUACUCACUCAACUUACAUCCCAUCAAAGAAUGCACACAAGUGAGUAACCAUAUAAAUGCAUGUAGUAUUGAAAGAGCUUCAGAACACCCAAUAGUCUUUUUUCCCAUAACACGAUUCAUAGACUGGAGAAUCCCCAAUACAAAGAUACAUUUGGAUGAGAAUGUAUGCUAAUUAUUGAUUUAAUGAGUUCUACUGUAUGUAUUUUUUAUUUUUUAUGAUUUAUACAUUUUUGAAUGUAUCUGUAUAUACAGUAUAUAAGAAUGUCAAAGUGGCGGCUCACAAGCUGGUUGUGUCACAUGGAGGAUACGCCCACCCCAGCUCUGCUAAUAGGGAAACUGUUGCAAUAGGUCACGUGACGGCCAUGUGACACAUGGAGUUUGAAAUCCAUGGUAUAUACGUUCAUUUUAAUUUAUUUUUUAAAAUUAGCUUCCUGUUUCCUGUUUCCCAACUUCCCCAUAGAGGUAAGCCAGAAGGGAUAAGACCUGUCAGCAGUGUCAAAUAAUUAUCUAGAAAAAAAACAAGUAUUAUGUGUAGGAUGGAUGAAUAAAGGAGAAGCUAUGGUUGAAAGAUAGAAAGUGGAUAAGAGAAACAAGGAGAUAACAAGAGAGUCCAUGGGAGGACUGUAAUUUAAUUAUAUAAUAACCAAGGAAACUUAAUAGUUGAAAGUUGCAGUUAUGGUGAGAAGCUUACUCGGGUUUCAACCAAGGUUUAAAAACGUUUCUGCCCCUUGUUCUUCUUCCCCAGUUUUCUUUUGUCCUGCUGUGUAGUUUUAUGUCUCCCAGGUUUGUUUCACCUCCCUCCCUGAACACAGAGGAGUUGCUUCUGAUGGAUUUCCUCUUCACCUUUAUGCAGCCUAAGUUCUGAGAGGUUGCAAUUAGCUAAAAAGUGGUGAGCAAGAAACGGAUGGACUAAGUUUUCUUCUUCUCUCUGUGUGAUUCUCUGUAAUUUACAGAUUAAAGUUUUCCUCUUUAUUC